AUGGACAUCGCCAGGAUCGCCGGCCAGUUGGAAAGCGAUAAUCACAUAAAACGCCAGGAGCAGAUGCUCAGUGGUACCAUCAUGGACGGGAAGAGCAACUGCGCCCGUCCUCGUUCCGCCGGCCCGCCAACGCAACGGUUAAGUGUUAGUCAACUAACAGCAAUUAGCAACCAUCGGCCAAAAAUGAGUAAAAAGAACCAGAGGACAAGCACCAAUCGUAAAAUUGACGGUUGGCCAACCGAUCGGAAUAAGCCAGAACCUCCAUCCAGAAGCCACAAGUCCUUCACUUCCUCAGCGAAAACUAGACCUCUUAUCAAAUGGAAUUCAGAAAUAAUGGAAAGCGAAGGAAUCGAUACCUCGGAAAUGACCAUGGGUGAAAUUCUCGAGCUGCGGCGGAAAAUGGGCGCCAAGGAAUUCGCAAAAACAGUAACGCAUCCAAAAGUGGCAAAGUUGAAAGGAAAAGAAGUGCGCCGAGUGGACAAGAGAUCGGGAGCGAUCGCGGAAAAGCGAAAGCUUCAGCUUGAAAAAAAUGCACCAGAAGAAAUUUCAUCGAAGAAAAAACCGCCUAAGUUGAGGCAAGUCGUAGAAGUUCCUAAUCGCUCAAAAAUCACGGAUCCUCGAUUCAACCCUGAGCUUGGCGAACAUAGAAGCGCGAGAAAAGAGCAUUUUGAAAAAGAAGCUGAAAAAGUGAAAAACGCGGACCUCAAGCAAAAUAUGCACAAUCUCGUCAACAGGAUCGAGCAAAAAGCAAACGCGCGGCGAGAAAGGAUGGAAAUUCGACAAAAAGAAAGCGAGUGGAAAAAGAAGAAAGAGAAAAGCAAAAGAUGGCAAAGCAGCCUUUUACCGGAAAAGAGGCGAAAUUGCGAAAGAGUACCAAAAGAAAAGAGCGAAAAGGCCAGUUCGAAAAUGUCCGAACAUCAACUCGCGAAGAAAGAAGCGGCGAAAGAAAAGAAACAGGCGAGGAAGGACAAAUCGUCUCUUCCUGCCAGGAGAAAUGUCUUUUGA